AUGCUGAGCUCAAGAGCUCUCCGCCGCUCGUCGGCGCCGCUGCGGCGACUGCUAAGCUCGUUCGCCGUGGCUGCUCCUUGCUCGCAGUCGCUAUGGCAGGACGUAUACAACUUGGAUGCAACGCACUGUCACGACCCGUUGGUGAGCGAAGGUGACUUGCAGAUUAUGCUGGACGUGAUCACAGAGGACGAAGAGAAGGUCUUGGCGGACGAGUGUUCGCGCAUUCUCAAGCGCCGCCGCUACGAGGAGGAUCACUGGGACAACGUCAUCAUCAAAUUCAAGGAGAUGGAGCGUUCACGUUGGUCCACCGAGACGCAGCGUAUUCUCCAGAAGGUCCGCGAGGUGGCCAUCCUGCCGAAAGAGCUCACCUACUUCCCGGCUGUCCACGUGAUCGAGCUGGCUGAGGACGGCUACAUCAAGCCUCAUGUGGACUCCAUCAAGUUCUCAGGACGUGUAGUAGCCGGUAUCAAUCUGCUGUCGCCCAGUAUCAUGAGCUUUAAAGAGGAACACGGAGACUCGAUCAUCGACGGCUACCUGCAGCGUCGCUCCAUGUACAUGAUGACCGGACGAGUCCGCUACCACUACACGCACGAGAUCCUUCCUGGUGCGCAAACAUUCAGAGGAGAGUUGCCGGUUAACCGCACGCAUCGUAUCUCUGUCAUGCUGCGUGACGAGUUCCUCGAGGAACACGUCGCCAAGUACCACACGCCGUUCGCAAAGCCAAACAUCGAGACGCAGUGAAUUGCAAUCAGUGUCCAAUGCAAUUUAAUAUUAGGGGUUGAUUGACUAGCUACA